GCGGCGCUUCCUGGUGCGGGGGGGCGGCGCGGCGGGGCAUGGCGCUGGUGACGGUGCGGCGGGCGGGGGGCUCCGCCGGGGGCCCCGCGGAGGAAGAUGCUCCCAGACGUAGACAGCUGCAGCGACGGCAGAGCUUCGUCAUGGUCAAGGGGGCAGCACGGCUGCUGUCUGUGGAGGAGCCCCCCCCGGCUGAGCCCCCCCCGGCUGAGCCCCUCGGCCAGGCCCCGGGACAGCAGGAGCAGCACCUGCACCUCAUGAUGCAGCUGCUGCGCCCCCAGGACGCCAUUCGGCUGGCGGUGCGGCUGGAGUCGGUGCGGCCGUGCCGGGUGCGGUACCUGCUGGUGGUGAGGUCGGAGGAGGCAGGAGCCGAGGCAGAGACAGCGCUGCUGGGAGUGGAUUUUGCCCACGAGGGGGCCAACCUCUGCACCCUGGGCAUGGUGCUGCCCCUCUGGAGCGACACCCAGGUGUUCCUCGACGGCGACGGGGGUUUCAGCGUGACAUCGGGGGGAGAGACACGUAUCUUCAAGCCCAUCUCUGUGCAGACCAUGUGGGCCGUGCUGCAGGAGCUGCACCGCGCCUGCGAGGAUGCGGCCCGCGGCGGGCACAUCCCCGGCGGCCCCGCGCUGGCCUGGGCCCGCGACUACGCAGCGGCGCUGAGCUCGGAGCAGAGCUGCCUCAAUGAGUGGCUGGCCAUGGCUGACCUCGAGUCCGUGCGCCCCGCCUCACCCACGCCCCUCCGGCCAGCGAUGCCGGAGCUGUCGGAGCAGGUGGUGCGGGCGCUGCUGCGGGAGGUGAUGGCCGCGGCCGACCUGGAGAACGUCACGUCCAAGGAGGUGCGGGAGGAGCUGGAGCGGCGCACGGGGCACAACCUGGCCGAGCACAAGGAUUUCAUUGACAACGAGAUGCUGCUGGUGCUGGCGCAGAUGGAUCGGCCUUCCCGCGUCUUCCCGCACCUCUUCCUGGGCUCCGAGUGGAAUGCAGCCAACCUGGAGGAGCUGCAGCAGAACAGGGUCACCCACAUCCUGAAUGUGGCGCGGGAGAUCGACAACUUCUUCCCGGCGCUGUUCACAUACAUGAACGUGCGGGUGUACGACGAGGAAGCGGCCGAGCUCCUGCCCCACUGGAACGACACCUUCCUCUUCCUCUCCCGUGUCCGUGGGUGCCACAGGGCAGCAGGAGGUCGGGCACUGGUGCACUGCCGGAUGGGGCUGAGCCGCUCGGCCGCCACGGUGCUGGCCUACGCCAUGAAGGAAUUCGGGUGGCCCCUGGAGCGGGCACUGCGGCACGUCCGGCACUGCCGGCCCGGAGUCCUGCCCAACCCGGGCUUCAUGCGCCAGCUCGACUUCUACCAGGGCAUCCUGAGUGCCAGCCGCCACAGCAGCCUGUGGGAGCCCCGGGAGGCCGAGCAGGCGCCGCACCCCGAGGAGGACACCACGAGGGACACAAGUGGCCUGUCCCCGCUGGCCUCCCCACAGCCCUCUGAGGAGGAGGCAGCUGGUGGGGGGCUGCUGGGGGCCUCCCGGCGCCCCCGCAUCUCCCUGUGCUCUGUCAUGCGGAGCAUCAGCCUGCUGGAGACCCCCGAGCUGCCGGGAGAGCCCCUGGCCGGGGAGGUGUUUGAGGCCACGGAGGAAGUAGGGGGUCCCUCCCCGAGGUCACGACCCUCGUCCCGCCCGCGCGGUGUGGUGCGCCAGGCCAGCCUGGAUGGUGGCCCCGCCCCGUUUUGUGACCUCACCCGUGGUGAUGACCACACCCAGUGCCACACCCAUGCACCUGGCCACGCCCACACUGAUGAACCCACUCCUUAAUUGUGGGGGCAUGGGACAGCGCCUCCUCGCUGCCAUAGCAACAAGGGGAGGAGCGUGGCGGACGCCGGGGGCGUGGCCAACGGGCCGGCACGCUCCGCUCACGCCCCGCCCUCACCCGGGGGUUGAGAGGUGCUUCUGCCUCAGCCCCACACGCACAAACACCGACACCGCUCCUGCACUGACAAUAAAGUGUGGAAAUGGCA